AUGGCACUACCCUACCCCCAACCACUGACGCCCAUUGAGCGGGUGCUCGCCCCCAGCGCGGACCCGGCCCACACGCCGCCAAGGAAGAUCGACCCGCGGCCGUAUGUCUAUCUGAAGCUUGUGCGGCUGCGGCCGAUUGUGGGUGUGGGCGUGAAUUUCAGGAUGAGGCUUUCGGAUGGGGUGGGGUUUGUGCAUGCCUAUUUCGUCAGCGCCCAAUUCGACAAGUUCGUGCACAACAGGACCAUCAAGGUUGGGCAAAUCAUUGAAGUGCGGCGGUACGUGUUGGGGGUGCAUCCGAGUGGCGGUACGAGCUUUGUGGGGCUGGUGUGGAUAUACCCAAUCCCGUGUGCGGUUGCUAGUCCCCGGUCAAUUGUCUUUAAUGGCCCGAGUACUGCUGCCAAUGGUUCGAGAGUUGUGAGUGGAGCGACUAUUGGCAAUGGCUUGAAUGGUGUCAAUGGCUCAAACAUUGCUGUCAAUGGGCCAAAUCCUGCCGUCAGUGGCCCAAGAGCUGCCAUUAACGGUGGCCCAGCUGUUAUCAAUGGCCCAACUGUUAUCAAUGGCCCAACGACUGUCAAGGACCCAAGUACUAUCGUCAAUGGCUCCAGUACAGUAACCAACGACCCAGCCGAAAGUAUUGCCGUUAAAAACUCAAGCACUGCCACCGAUGGCCAUGGCCAUAAUCCAGGUGCUGUUAUCAGCAUCGCCGUCCCAGCCCUCCAAUGGCCCCCGGCCCCCGUACCAAAUAUCUGGCUCAUAUCCAGCGCCAAACUAACAGACGACAUGAUCAACAUGAAAAGAACCAUGCUAAACAACCUGGCGAACAAAAACAUGCGGAAUGCAAAUUUCCUCGUUGUCGUACUAGAAAGCCGGAAACGCCCCGACAGUAAAUCAAUCCCCAAGCAAGACUGGUACCUCUGGGACCAGUCCUCCAACGACCGCAAGACCAUCAUCAGCGUCUGGGGCGAGCUCUGCGCCGAGUUCCAGCCCGCCCCCGGCACAAUCGUCGCCCUCUGGGAUGUCCAGAUCAACACCCGGUACGAGGACAACCCCAACUCCGCAAGGCUGACGCGCCUGGCAAAGGGCGGGUUGGGCCACUUGAACGCCUACAAGAACAAGCGCCCAAAGGCCCUGAUGGAUCCCGAGGAUGUGAUGGGGUACCACGAGUUGAAGGAGGCGUGGCAGGCAUUGCAGCGCGGGAGGAUCACUUGGGAGGGUUAA